AACAAUCUGGCUAAUCGAAUGCAUCUCGUUCUACUUUUGUCGUCCACUGAUGCGAACUUUGUUGGAUUGUCAUUCUUACUGUCAUCUUUACUGUCGCUUUAUUUCAUCAUUGAUUGUUGUUCGAAUUGAAAGGCAGAACAAAUGAUGAUUCAAGUCGAACAUUUCUAUGUAGGCCGUAUUUUAUUUCUGUCGCUUUGUCUAUGCCAAAGGGGAGCGUUGCAGAAUGUUCCUCCUCCCGGGGUUCCUCUGGGUAUGGAAAGUGGAGCCAUCCCGGAUUCAAGCCUGACAGCAUCUUAUGUACAUCCGGGAUUAGGCCCCGAGAGAGCACGCCUGAACACAGGUACAGCCUGGUUUGGAGGUAUUACUAGCACUCAACAAUGGAUCCAGGUUGACCUGUCUACUACUUAUCGCAUCACUGGAGUUGCAAUACAAGGUCGUCAAAACAUUAACCAAUGGGUUACAAGCUUUAAGGUAGCAUGCAGCAUAGACGGUAUUACGUUCGAUAUAGUACAAGACGCCCUCAGCGAGCCCGUAGCCGAUAAGGUCUUCGUGGGCAAUACGGACGCUAACACGGUGGUGUAUAACACAUUGCCCUCGGUUAAAGUAUGCCAGUAUGUACGUCUGCUACCAAUCAGAUAUCAUGCCGCGCCUAUGCUACGUAUUGAACUAUAUGGAGAAGGACCAGUACGAGGUGGUUUGUCGUUUUUGCUCGGCUUCAUUGGGAUUGAAUCAUUCACUCAACGUGACUUCACAGAUUCUGGCUUGUAUGACUUUGCUGAAGAUGACAUCGCAUUUGGACGACACUAUAUUGAAAAAAAGUCAAUAAGAACAAAUGAUUUCCUCUUGUUACAUGGUGAAGUACGUCUUGUGGAAGGCACCUCGGAUUCUGAAGGCCGUGUGGAGGUCAGCUACAACGGAGAAUGGGGAACUGUUUGUGAUAAUGGUUGGGAUACAAACGACGCCAGCGUGGUCUGUCGAUCUCUCGGUUUUGCUGGUGCUCUUGAAGCUGUAUCAUCGGCUGGAUUCGGCCAAGGCACUGGAACCAUCGUCCUUGAUGACGUCAAUUGCUCUGGAGAAGAAUCGAGUCUCUUUGAAUGCUCGAAUCUAGGUCUUGGAGUCAAUAACUGUGGCCAUUCAGAAGAUGCUGGAGUUCGUUGUCUAGUGCUUGGAGAUGGUGAGGUACGUCUUGUGGGAGGCACCUCGGAUUAUGAAGGCCGUGUAGAGGUCAGCUACAACAGAGAAUGGGGAACUGUUUGUGAUGAUGGUUGGGAUAUAAACGAUGCCAGCGUGGUCUGUCGAUCUCUCGGUUUUGCUGGUGCUCUUGAAGCUGUAUCAUCGGCUGGAUUCGGCCAAGGCACUGGAACCAUCGUCCUUGAUGACGUCAAUUGCUCUGGAGAAGAAUCGAAUCUCUUUGAGUGCUCGAAUCGAGGUCUUGGAGUCAAUACCUGUGGCCAUUCAGAAGAUGCUGGAGUUCGUUGUCAAGUGCUUGAAGAUGGUGAAAUACGUCUUGUGGGAGGCACCUCGGUUUCUGAAGGCCGUGUAGAGGUCAGCUACAACGGAGAAUGGGGAACUGUUUGUGAUGAUGGUUGGGAUACAAACGAUGCCAUCGUGGUCUGUCGAUCUCUCGGUUUUGCUGGUGCUCUUGAAGCUGUGUCAUCGGCUGGAUUCGGCCAAGGCACUGGAACCAUCGUCCUUGAUGACGUCAAUUGCUCUGGAAACGAAUCGAUUCUCUUUGAAUGCUCGCAUCGAGGUCUUGGAGUCAAUAACUGUGGCCAUUCAGAAGAUGCUGGAGUUCGUUGUCCGGUACUUGAAGAUGGUGAGGUACGUCUUGUGGGAGGCACCUCAGAUUCUGAAGGCCGUGUAGAGGUGAGCUACAACGGAGAAUGGGGAACUGUUUGUGAUGAUGGUUGGGAUACAAACGAUGCCAGCGUGGUCUGUCGAUCUCUCGGUUUUGCUGGUGCUCUUGAAGCUGUAUCAUCGGCUGGAUUCGGCCAAGGCACUGGAACCAUCGUCCUUGAUGACGUCAAUUGCUCUGGAAACGAAUCGAGUCUUUUUGAAUGCUCGCAUCGAGGUCUUGGAGUCAAUAACUGUGGCCAUUCAGAAGAUGCUGGAGUUCGUUGUCCGGUACUUGAAGAUGGUGAGGUACGUCUUGUGGGAGGCACCUCGGAUUCUGAAGGCCGUGUAGAGGUAAGCUACAACGGAGAAUGGGGAACUGUUUGUGAUGAUGGUUGGGAUACAAACGAUGCCAGCGUGGUCUGUCGAUCUCUCGGUUUUGCUGGUGCUCUUGAAGCUGUAUCAUCGGCUGGAUUCGGCCAAGGCACUGGAACCAUCGUCCUUGAUGACGUCAAUUGCUCUGGAAACGAAUCGAGUCUCUUUGAAUGCUCGCAUCGAGACCUUGGAGUCAAUAACUGUGGCCAUUCAGAAGAUGCUGGAGUUCGUUGUCCGGUACUUGAAGAUGGUGAUAUACGUCUUGUGGGAGGCACCUCGGAUUCUGAAGGCCGUGUAGAGGUAAGCUACAACGGAGAAUGGGGAACUGUUUGUGAUGAUGGUUGGGAUACAAACGAUGCCAGCGUGGUCUGUCAAUCACUCGGUUUUGGUGGUGCUCUGGAAGCAGUCUCAUCAGCUUCAUUCGGCCAAGGCACUGGAACCAUCGUUUUUGAUGACGUUAAUUGCUUUGGAAUCGAAUCGAGUAUCUUUGAGUGCUCGAAUCGAGGUCUUGGAGUCAAUAACUGUGGCCAUUCAGAAGAUGCUGGAGUUCGUUGUCUAGUGCUUGAAGAUGGUGAGGUACGUCUUGUGGGAGGCACCUCGGAUUCUGAAGGCCGUGUAGAGGUAAGCUACAACGGAGAAUGGGGAACUGUUUGUGAUGAUGGUUGGGAUACAAACGAUGCCAGCGUGGUCUGUCAAUCACUCGGUUUUGCUGGUGCUCUUGAAGCUGUAUUAUCGGCUGGAUUCGGCCAAGGCACUGGAACCAUCGUCCUUGAUGACGUCAAUUGCUCUGGAAACGAAUCGAGUCUCUUUGAAUGCUCGCAUCGAGGACUUGGAGUCAAUAACUGUGGCCAUUCAGAAGAUGCUGGAGUUCGUUGUCCGCUUGUUACAGAUGGUGAGGUACGUCUUGUGGGAGGCACCUCGGAUUCUGAAGGCCGUGUAGAGGUGAGCUACAACGGAGAAUGGGGAACUGUUUGUGAUGAUGGUUGGGAUACAAACGAUGCCAGCGUGGUCUGUCGAUCUCUCGGUUUUGCUGGUGCUCUUGAAGCUGUAUCAUCGGCUGGAUUCGGCCAAGGCACUGGAACCAUCGUCCUUGAUGACGUCAAUUGCUCUGGAGAAGAAUCGAGUCUCUUUGAAUGCUCGCAUCGAGGUCUUGGAGUCAAUAACUGUGGCCAUUCAGAAGAUGCUGGAGUUCGUUGUCCGGUACUUGAAGAUGGUGAGGUACGUCUUGUGGGAGGCACCUCGGAUUCUGAAGGCCGUGUAGAGGUGAGCUACAACGGAGAAUGGGGAACUGUUUGUGAUGAUGGUUGGGAUACAAACGAUGCCAGCGUGGUCUGUCGAUCUCUCGGUUUUGCUGGUGCUCUUGAAGCUUUAUCAUCGGCUGGAUUCGGCCAAGGCACUGGAACCAUCGUCCUUGAUGACGUUAAUUGCUUUGGAAUCGAAUCGAGUAUCUUUGAGUGCUCGAAUCGAGGUCUUGGAGUCAAUAACUGUGGCCAUUCAGAAGAUGCUGGAGUUCGUUGUCUAAUGCUUGAAGAUGGUGAAGUCCGUCUUGUGGGAGGCACCUCGGAUUCUGAAGGCCGUGUAGAGGUCAGAUACAAUGGAGAAUGGGGAACUGUUUGUGAUGAUGGUUGGGAUACAAACGAUGCCAUCGUGGUCUGUCGAUCUCUCGGUUUUGCUGGUGCUCUUGAAGCUGUAUCAUCGGCUGGAUUCGGCCAAGGCACUGGAACCAUCGUCCUUGAUGACGUCAAUUGCUCUGGAAUUGAAUCCAGUCUCUCUGAAUGCUCGAAUCAAGGCCUUGGGGUGAAUAACUGUAGCCAUUCAGAAGAUGCUGGAGUUCGUUGUCUUGUGCCUGAAGAUGGUGAGGUACGUCUUGUGGGAGGCACCUCGGAUUCUGAAGGCCGUGUAGAGGUGAGCUACAACGGAGAAUGGGGAACUGUUUGUGAUGAUGGUUGGGAUACAAACGAUGCCAUCGUGGUUUGUCGAUCUCUCGGUUUUGCUGGUGCUCUUGAAGCUGUAUCAUCAGCUGGAUUCGGCCCAGGCACUGGAACCAUCGUCCUCGAUGACGUCAAUUGCUUUCGAAACGAAUCGAGUCUCUUUGAAUGCUCGCAUCUAGGACUUGGAGUCAAUAACUGUGGCCAUUAUGAAGAUGCUGGAGUUCGUUGUCUAGUGCUUGACGAUGGUGAAGUACGUCUUGUGGGAGGCACCUCGGAUUCUGAAGGCCGUGUAGAGGUCAGAUACAACGGAGGAUGGGGAACUGUUUGUGAUGAUGGUUGGGAUACACACGAUGCCAGCGUGGUCUGUCGAUCUCUCGGUUUUGCUGGUGCUCUUGAAGCUGUAUCAAGGGCUGGAUUCGGCCAAGGCACUGGAACCAUCGUCCUUGAUGGCGUCAAUUGCUCUGGAAACGAAUCGAGUCUCUUUGAGUGCUCAAAUCUAGAUCUUGGAGACAAUUACUGUGGCCAUUAUGAAGAUGCUGGAGUUCGUUGUCUAGUGUUUGGAGAUGGUGAGGUACGUCUUGUGGGAGGCACCUCGGAUUCUGAAGGCCGUGUAGAGAUCAGCUACAACGGAGAGUGGGGAACUGUUUGUGAUGAUGGGUGGGAUACAAACGAUGCCAGCGUGGUCUGUCGAUCUCUCGGUUUUGCUGGUUCUCUUGAAGCUGUAUCAUCGGCUGGAUUCGGCCAAGGCACUGGAACCAUCGUCCUUUAUGGCGUCAGUUGCUCUGGAAACGAAUCGAGUCUCUUUGAGUGCUCGCAUCGAGGACUUGGAGACAAUAACUGUGGCCAUUAUGAAGAUGCUGGAGUUCGUUGUCUAGUGUUUGGAGUACGGCUCGUAGGAGUUCAUUGUGAAUCAGAAGGUAGAGUCGAGGUUUAUCAGCACGGUUCAUGGGGACCCGUAUGUGAUGACAACUUCACGGUAGCGGACGCAACCAUUGUUUGCCAAAUGCUCGGGUUACAAGUGGUGGAACUCUUAGACUGGGACGUCCCACCAUCUGCAGUGUCCUCGAUUAAUGCUACGUUGAAGAAUCCCUGGUGUAGCGGGAAUGAGACAGAUAUCCGAUAUUGCAUGCAAGAACCAAACGCAACUUGCAAUAAAUACGCAGCAGUCAAAUGCAGCGAUCCCCUAAUUCUUUGUGUCGGGUCGAUUGCGGACGGAUACAGCGAUGACUCUUCAUUCCACCUGUCCAGUGACGUUGAACCAACAACGAGGGAACCGCUGCAGAAAAUAUAUACUCAAACGAUGACGACAGCUACAACCCUGUCACCAAUCAAAGGAGCUUUAGAUAAAAUAUUGAAUGAUACUAUCACGGAAGACAAUUUAAAUACCGUCUCAGAUGAACUGGCGAACGUGACUGAGGAUUCGAACAAAUUUGAUGUGGAAGAUCUCCAGUCUGUCACAGACAAACUAAGUUCAAUUGUUGAAUUUGCGUCAAACCAAAACCUGACGGAAAAAGCCAUCGCACAGGUGUCUGUGAGUGUGAUAGGAGCGGUGGAUAAUAUCUUGAACAUCCCAGAGAGUACCUUCGAGACAGCGAGCUCCCAGCAGGUCUCAAAGACAAAUAACAUAUUGACUACAAUCUCGAUACUUACUGAAAAUAUUCAAAAGGCAUCCACCAAGAACUUCACCUACAGUGGAUCAAAUAUUGUACUGGCAGCUGUCAAAGUAGACAGGAAAAAAUUUCCCCUCACGACGGCGAUAGGAGGAGCCAUGGAUGAUGUCAUAGACUUUUCAGCCAAUGAAGGAUCUCCGUCUAAUGCGGCAGGUGUAACGUCAGUAUCUCUGCCGGAAGCAAUUCUCCCUUCAGAAUCUAGUACUAACCAGGUAAUAUCCGUCAGCGUCUUUCUUCUAAACUCGCCCAAGCUGUUCCAGGGUAACAGACCGUCCUCAUCCAGUACUCCAUCGUCUGGAGACAAGCAGAAUCAGCAACCGAAGACGGAGUCGGUUGUCGCUUCUCCUAUCUUAACUGUGACCAUUGAGGGAACUGAUAUCAAAGACCUCCCUGAUAAUGAAUCAAUUGUCUUUGUGUUUCCUGUGAACCAGACAUUGAUUAGAGAAGAAAAUGAUGCUGAGGUGUCUGAACGUUGUGUGUAUUGGGACAUCGACUUGGGAGAAUGGUCGGACGAAGGGUGUAGAACCGAGAAAACGGCUCUUGAAGGUAUGGUGUCUUGCCGGUGCUCUCAUCUCACGAGUUUCGCCGUUCUACUGGAUAUCAAAGGAAGCAUCAUAUCUAAAGCUCUUGAUGUAAUCAGUCGCAUCGGUUGUAUAGCUUCGAUUGUUUGUCUCGUCAUAACCCUCUGCAUUCUGCUAGGUUUUAGGAAACUGCGCAGGAAACAGCCACAGCAGAUCCUUAUCAAUCUCAGUUUCGCGCUGCUAGCUCUGUACGUCACUUUCGUCAUCGGUAUUGACCGACCAACCUCGAGGAUCAGCUGUACUUUGGUUGCUAUCCUAUUGCAUUACUUCUGCCUUGCAUCGAUUGCUUGGAUGGGUGUAGAAUCCUUCAACAUGUACAUGAUGUUUGUUAGGGUUCUGAAUUCAUACAUACCGAAGUUUCUACUAAAAUGCUCUGUGAUUGGUUGGGGCAUUCCAUUGGUUGUCGUCAUAAUAACAGUUGCCAGCAAGUGGACAGCUUACCAAAAUUAUGAAUACUGUUUUAUUCUCCCUGGAUAUUCGUUAUACUUCGGACUGGUCCUUCCCAUCGGACUCAUCCUGUCAUUCAAUGGCAUCAUUUUCGCUAUGGUACUCUACAAACUGAGUUGUGGUAGGAUCUCAACCUCCAAGUCAAGCACAUUGGAGUCAAAGAAAGAGAAUACCAUCAAAGCGCGCAUGGAAGCCAUUCGCCGCGCCCAAAACGUCGUCGCGAUAGGCACGCUGAUGGGUCUGACAUGGGCUUUCGGGUUUCUGUCUUUUGGUGGAGGUCGCUACUUGUUCAACGCCUUAUUCUCCAUCUUUAACUCCCUCCAGGGAGUUUUUGUGUUUCUUCUCUUUGGCAUGAGGCAACCAGAGCUGAGAGAAAAAUUGACGAUAACUAAGAAUCGUUUUCUGCAUGGUGCAUCGUCUGCCCGUAGACGCAGUUCUGAAUUUUGGGCAUCGUCGAGUGGAGCACGUAUGACCCAACGACCUUCUGACGUCACGUUCAUCUCGACGGUUAAAACUGAUUCUGUUGCUGAAGGUCAGGCUUCCACGUACUUCGAAAGUACUCUUGAUACAGGUCCACCUUUAAAUAAACAGUCGGAUGAUACUCUUCUUUAAUGACAGAAGAGAAACAGACCUCUACGAUUCUAUAAAGUGCGACCCAGAAAAAACGAAACCGAGAAUUGUCGAUGUUUCAUCAUAACUUAAUCACAAUUAUAAGUAAUAAAUGACACAGAUUUGUAAAGCUUAUACACAAAUAAAUAUUUGGGUAAUCUUACUCAGAUAGGCAAACAAACUUUGACACUAUAGUGACACACUUAACUGAAUACAUUAACUCAUUAAAUUGAGAUUUAUAACUCACAGGAAUGAGUUUUGUUAAUUUGACAUUAUAGUGACAUGGCAAAUGAGUAUUUUAAAUAAGUGAAUUAUUUAACCUAAUGUUGUGAGUAAAUCGAUCCAACUCAACUAGUGAGUAAUGCUUCAUUUACUCAGUCAGUCAGGUUAUAUCGCCGUUCGUACGGUGAGUUUGUAUGUUUGUCACUUAAAAAUGGAAGUCCUUCGCCAUGCACUACCUACACUUCGGUCGUGCACAAGAAGAGCUUCAAAAUUUCGGCUCUAGAUCUAGAUUUUAUAUCUGAUCGGUAGCCUUAACUUGUUUUAGAAAAAGGUCUGCAUAAAAUUCAAGGGAUCCCUUUACUACUAACUGAUUCAAAAUUAAGAAAAAUUAAAUCUACUUACACUUAUUCUGGGGAUCGUCGGCCGCUAAAAACGUGACGGUCGGGUACGUAUGUACGAUCCAACGAAUAAAGAGUCUGUGACAAAUUAGGGAGCAAAGAGCCACUCUACACACUUUUUUUUACUCAUCCGGUCACUAAAGUUGGAGAAUAAUCUAUACUUUAAUGAGUAAAAAGAUUCCAAUUGUUUGAACAAUGACCAUGCUAAUUAUGUAUGUAAUACAUAUGAUAAUAUUGUGAUAUGCUUAUGUGAUGCUAGUGAAUCUCUAUAUCACUGUAAAAACAAGGUUCAUAAUACUAGGCCUGGCUGGAAUGAGCAUGUGUCAGAGCUCCACUCUGCUGCUCGUGAGGCUCACCUACUCUGGGUUGAAGCUGGCAAAAACAGACAGGGACGGUUAUUUGAGCUAAAAAAAGAGGGCCAAUGCACGAUUCAAGUAUGCUCUCCGUUUUAUUAAGAAUAAUGAGAAGUCAUGCGGGCGGACUCCGUUGCUCGUAAAUUGCAGGGUAAAAGUUAUUAUUUUGGAAAAAAAUGAAAUGUGUUAAUAAUAGUAAAGCGCCCCUUCCAACUAAUAUUGAAGGUAUCUCUGGUGAUGAAAAAAUAUGUGAAUUGUGGUGUAGCCAUUAUAAGGAUUUGUUUAAUUGUGUACAGAGUACGGUGCAGGAUGUAACUAAUGUUGACUUUGAUGUAAAUAUGGUUAUCUCUCCUGAGGAGGUAAAAGAAGAUAUUAGAAAAUUAGACGACAAUAAGUCAUGCGGUCUUGAUACUAUUACAGCUAAACAUUUAAAGUUUGCAAGUCCGAAACUCAUGCCCUUGCUUGCAAUGUGCAUUUCCGGAUUUUUGAUUCAUGGUUUCUUACCAGAUAUUAUGAUUUCCGUUGUUUUGGUGCCGGUCCUUAAAAACAAAGCUGGUCGCAUUACUAGUAAGGACAACUAUAGACCUAUAUCAUUGGCUAGUGUCCUGUCCAAAGUGCUGGAAAAGAUAUUGCCUGAUCGGUUGGAGAUGUAAAUUCUUACUAAAGACAACCAGAUCGGUUUUAAAGCCAAACAUGGCACUGACAUGUGUAUAUUUGCUCUGAAGAAAGUUAUUGCAAGUUAUCGUAGCAGAAAUUCUUCCUUGUUUCUUUGUUUUCUUGAUGCUUCCAAAGCUUUUGAUCGGGUAAAUCAUGAAAAGCUGUUUACGAAAAUGGCUGAUAGAGGUAUUUCUAAGUACCUGAUUAGGAUACUCGUGUUUUGGUAUACCCAUCAAACAAUGAUGCCUAGAUGGGGAAGUAGUGUGUCUGAACCAUUCCAUGUCAUUAAUGCAGUUAGAUAGGGAGGUAUUCUUUCUCCCUUUCUCUUUAACCUGUAAAUGGAUGGUCUAUCCGACAAUUUGAAUGCUUGUAAAAAAGGCUGUGUAGUUGGCAGUAUAGUAGUCAAUCAGUUAAUGUAUGCCGAUGACCUCGUUAUUUUUAACCCGUCAACUGCUGGGUUGCAGAGUUUGCUCAAGAUUUGUUCUGAUUAUGGAUAUGAUAAUGAUGUCAAAUAUAAUGCAAAAAAUAGUCAUGUUAUGAUGAUUAGAUGUAAGGAACACUGUAGAUUGGUAUUCCCGGAUUUUUAUUUAUGUGGAGCUAAACUCAAUGUGUGUACAGAACAGAAGUCAUGUAUCUUGGUCAUUUCUUUUUAUACUGAGGAUCUCUGUGAUGAUAAAGAUAUUAGUCGACAGUGUCGUAAAUUAUAUGCUCAAGGUAAUAUGCUCGUUACGAAAUUUCAUAUAUGUUCUCCAGAUGUGACGGUGGCAUUAUUUAGGGCAUACUGUACACCUUUGUAUACUGCGCAUCUGUGGAGUAAUUUUAAGAAGAGCUGUUUGCACAGGCUUGCUGUGGCCUAUAAUGAUGCCAUGAGAAUGCUUCUUAGGGUACGUAGAUACUUUAGUGCUAGUCGAAUGUUUGCUGAGUUGAAUGUUCUGGUCCGUUCGGCUGUUUUACGAAAUCUCAUGUAUAAGUUCAUCCAGAGAGUGGAUGUCUCUGAGAAUGGUAUUGUAAAGGUAUUAGUGAACCCCACGUAUAGUUGCCUUAGGUUCACAUCGGGCCUCUGGAAAUUUUGGCUUAAUAGACUGCUGACACCUCGGAAUUGAUCAUAUUUUGCAUAAUGUUACCAAGGAUUAUCCAGCCUCUCAUGGUUGCAGUAUAGUCCUUAGUCCUUGUUGCUUGUUAUAAUAUCUAGUUAUCUAUUAUUAGUAUAUUGUUUUAGUUGUUGAGCAGAGAGUGUUACAAUUAAGUUACAACUUAAUUUUGUUAUACAUAUAUUUAUUUUAAUCUUGCAGUUACAGGUACAGCUUAGAGUUAGAUUGCUAUAGGCCUUCUGUUAUCAAUUUUACAGAUAAAGGUUACAUGUUACAGUUACAUUGUAUAUACGUAGUAUAGUUAGUUGUUAUAUUCUUUAGUAUUUGUACGGUUUGUUGUUAUUAUACUCAUCAUGUUUAUACUCAGCUCUUUUCCCUAUCUAUAUGUAACAUAUGUUUUAUGGACCUCUGCCUUGUGCAGCUGAGUCUGAAAUAAAGUUCUGAAUUGAAUUAAA